UUGGAUUGGAACUCUUAGAUUCAAUUCCACUGAUUCGAAUCGAGGAGAUACUUCCCUUCCAGACACAUUUGUGAAACUGGGUCCCACGACAGUCAAAGCUAUCGAGCCUCAAGAGCUCUUCAAAUACUCAUCUGGAAGAUGGCUGGUUGACGAAGAAGAUCAAUUUGCAUAGCGUUUCGUCCAGUUUGAUAUCAACCAGUUAUGUCGUCUCGCUGCAUCAUUAUUCGGUGUCACGACAAAAUGUGUGCGUAUCGACAAGACAGAGGGAACCUACAACAAGGCCUUGCUUCUCAAAAUGAAUGAUGGACACGAGAUUAUUGCAAAGAUUCCUUGCCCAAAUGCUGGGCCUAGGCUCCUCGCUACGGCAUCUGAAGUGGCCACCUUGAAAUUCCUGCAAUCACACACAACAAUCCCCGUCCCCAAUGUGCUUGCAUGGAGUUCAGAUUCUGCAAAUGCAAUAGGCACAGAGUAUAUACUCAUGGAAAAGAUCCCCGGAGUUGCACUGGCUGAAGUUUGGGAGACUAUGAGCACCCCAGAGCACUACAAGAUUAUUGAUCGGAUAGUCGAAAUGGAAAGGGAUCUUAUUAGCUUUGACUUCUCAGCAUACGGGAGUCUCUUCCUACGAGAUUCAGUUCCUACCAAGUUCGAGGGCAUCCCACUCCCUGAGACUCUCGACCCCGCAAAACUGUUUUGUAUCGGACCAUCCGUUAAACGGUUGAUAUGGCAAGAUAAUUGCGACACAUCUCGAAUCACAGCGGAUAUGGGGCCCUGGGCCUCAUUUACAGAGUACGCUCAAUCAAUAACCAGACGAGAAUUGGACACCACCAGAAAGUCCAGCUCCAAAAUCCAACGCCGUUUGCAUUCCUUUAACAGAGAUCAAUCCGUCACUGACUAUCAACAUCUCUUGCAAAAAAUAUCGAGUAUACUCCCUAUUAUAUCCAGCGAUUCCCGCAUUGUAAAGCUUUCAACCCCUGCAUUGUGGCGUAAAAAUUCCCAUCUAGGCAACAUUUUCGUUUCUCCCGAUGAUCCGACUCACAUCACAGGAAUCAUUGACUGGCAAUCAACCCAUAUCGCUCCGCUGCUUCUAGACGCUCAGCUUCCCGUCUUUUUAGCGCCUCCAAAGGGCUACAAGCCCGGUCAUGAAGUACCAAAUUUACCAGAAGACUUUAACCAACAGACUCGCGAGCAGCAAGAGGAAGCUAUCCAGGUCUGGAAUGCCGCACACCGAACAAAGCACUACGAAACAGCCACCUUACAACACAACAAACAUGCAUUUGACGCCAUGUCGUUUGAACGCAGACUAUGGGAACCCUUUACAUACUGCCAGCUCUUCUCCCACGAUGGUAGCCUAGUCCCUCUGCGUAAUUGCUUGCUUCGCAUCUCACGAGACUGGAGCGACUUAGGACUCCCCGGAACAUGUCCGUUUGAAUUCACAAGAGAGGAACUGGCAGAUUACGACAAACAAGUGGAAGACUACGAAGUCACUACGCAGCUGCGCAAUUUCAUAGCGGAUGCUCUGUGCACUGAUGACACAGGUUGGUAUCCUACACUUUCCAAUGAGCAAUGGGAAGCGAUCAAUGAAGAGAACAAGAAACUUUUCGAUCUGUUUAUCGAGACUGUCAUGAAAGAUCCUGACGAACUCUCGCCUGAAGAAGCGGCAAACAAAUGGCCCUUUCCCCCAAAAGUAUGGAGAUCUGUGUCUCGUUUUUGACUUCCAGGAUUUAUAUCGCUCUCCUUUUUACCGGUUCCCGUCACUUUUAACUAUCAGCAGCACAACUCCACUUAUUACUUGCAUUAGUGUUGGCGUUGGCCUGGAUCCAGAUAUUAUGAAUUCCUAAACCCCCACUCCUCGAACCAAUCUCAAUCAUCAGAGGCGUUUCAACGGCAAUAGAUCUUCUCUUUUCCUUUAAUCCGUGAAUCUUCAAUCUUGAACAAUCUCAACUCAGAAAAAAUAAAAUAAAAGGG